AUGCCUUCCUCAUCACUCCUUCUGAGGUCGAGCACCACACUCGUUUCUGCUUUGUUGUUGUUUUCCUCUGCUUCUGCUCAUUCUCCUACUACUUACUAUGCUCUGGAUACCGAAUAUUCUGGAAACAAUUUCUUCGAUGGCUUUAACUUUUUCGCAGAUGCCGAUCCGACCCAUGGUUUCGUCACUUACGUCGAUGAAGCUACAGCUCAGGCAGAUGGAUUGAUCACUUUCGAUGGCGGCUCUACCCAGAUGAGAGCUGAUCACAAGAAUACAUACAACGGCAGUGCAGCGUACGCGAAUAUCAACGGCGUUGGGCGACCGAGUGUCAGGAUCGAAAGUGCUAAGUCAUGGACACACGGCCUCUUUGUUGCCGACAUCAAACAUAUGCCUACAACGAAAGAUGGCAGCGGUUGCGGUGUCUGGCCGGCGUUCUGGACUCUUGGUUCCGGCACAUGGCCCUUCAAUGGUGAAAUCGAUAUCAUCGAGGGUGCAAACAACCAAGGUACUGACCUAACAUCGUUGCACGUUGCCAAAACCUGCGUCGUUUCCCAAAGUUCCUCGGAAAUGACUGGUACCUCAAACGGCAAUAAUUGCCAAUACGAUGUGGACACUGGCGCCAAUGCUCAAGGCUGUGGCGCAUUUUCCACCAGCUCUGCAAGCUACGGAUCAGGCUUCAACGCUAACCGGGGCGGCGGUGGUGGUGUAUACGCAAUGGAGUGGACUUCGGACGCGAUCAAGGUCUGGUUCUUCGCGCGAAGUUCCAUCCCCUCGGACAUCUCGUCUGGAAACCCCGACCCAUCUGGAUGGGGACUUCCAUUCUCCGUCUUCGAUGGCCCCGGCUGCGAUGUCGACGCCAACUUUGCCGAUAACAGGAUCAUCUUUGACACCACUUUCUGCGGCGAUUUUGGCGACGCAACUUGGUCCAGCAGCGGAUGUGCAGCGAGCACGGGCGAAAGUCAGUGCUCCAUCUACGUUGGCAGCAACCCUGAGCAGUUCAAGGAUGCUUACUGGGAUGUCAACUACGUUCAGGUGUAUCAAUCCCAACCAGUCACGACGACGACGACAACUACUACAACGACGACGACCCUCGUCACAUCAACGAGACCGCCAUACACCCAGCCAAGCAGCCAAUCGGAAACCACAACCACCAGCUCGGUCGCUUCAACCAGCUCACCAUACGUGCCACAUACGAUUCCUACUAGUAGCCCUGCACUCCCCGAGACAACUUCCUCCGCGCCAUAUGUACCACAUACAACUACUACUAGCAGCCCUGAACUCCCCGAGACAACUUCCUCCGCGCCAUACACAACUUCCUCCGCGCCAUACGUACCACAUACAACUACUACUAGCAACCCUGGACUCCCUGAGACAACCUCCGCGUCGAGCUCCGUUUCCUCGGGACCCUCCUGGGAUACUAGCAGCAGCAGCACGUGGGAAGACUGGACGACAACGACAUCUUCGGACCCUGUGACUAGCAGCACAUGGGAUGACUGGGUCAAGACCACAACCAGCUAUGUUGGUUCAAGCACUACCAGCUCAUCGAGCUCCUCGAGUCCCUCAGGCUUCCAAUGGGAAGAUUGGACCAGCUCAACAACCGAGCCCAGCGAUCCGACAACGGCCUGGGGCGACUGGAGCUCGGUCGUGACCGUCACAAUUACCAAGACCUGGACAGAGCCGUGCUCCACGGGUUUCACGACCAAGACCACAACUAUCACGACCACCCACUGUGGCUGCACCGAGACGCCUGUUCCUACAGCCUGCAUGACGACGAAAACCUUCACGCCGUCGGCAGGAUGGCCUUUCAGCACACCGAUUGUCGCCAGCGUGCCAUGCGCAGUUCCAGCCGGUAGCACCUCACCCGUUGCAGCCACCUCGACUGCUCCAGCACCAAGCGGCGGAGCCUGGGGUGGGCAGCCCGCUCCAGGCGCUUCAACGGUGACUGAGGGAUCUUGGGUCGGCAAGCCUGAGUCUCCCGUUGCGGCGGCCUCCACCAGCACCGGCACCGGCGCAUGGGUGAGCCCGAGCGUGACGAUGGCCACCACAUUGACCGUCGCGCCCGUGCCGUCGUCUGCGUGGGUCGCGGCCGCUUCCGCAACACCGGUGGCUCCUUACAGCGUCCCGAGCAACGGCACCAACUCUUGGGUUGCGACUUAUACGGGUGCAGCAGGCCGCAUGACAUCGAACGGCGUUGCCAUGCUUGCCGCUGGAGCCAUCGCAAUCGGCGUCUUCGCUUUGUAG